GCUCCGCAACAUCGCCUUCGUUCUAAAAUGUACAAAAAUCUGUUUGGAAUGUCGUGAUGCGGAGUUCUGUUGACAAAAAGAAAAUGUCGGAUAUCUUUUUACGUAAAAUUUGUCGCAGCUUUUAACGAUAAUUCUGAAGUCGUCAACCUUGUGCAGCGAUUUGACCGAGUGUCUCCUUCAUUUAGGAAGGAAGAAGAUGGAUAUGGCUGGAGAGAUUAUUCACCUGAACGUCGGUGGGUCCAGAUUUUCCACUUCUCGUCAGACUUUAACAUGGAUACCCGAUUCUUUUUUCACCAGUAUGCUGAGUGGUCGAAUUUCAACACUGAAAGAUGAAACAGAUGCGAUAUUCAUCGACCGGGACCCACAACUGUUUACUGUUAUCCUCAACUUCCUGAGAACGAAAGAGGUGCAUCUGAAAAACGUGGAUCUACCAGCUCUUCGACAUGAAGCCGAAUUCUAUGGCAUCACGCCACUGGUUCGUCGUUUGAUGUUGUGCGAGGACUUGGAUUGCGCCUCAUGUGGAGAUGUCUUGUUCCACGGGUACCUCCAACCUCCACUGCCGCCAGUUGCCGAAGGUAUGUCAACAUCCUCAGAUAGCAGCUUGGACAACAGUGAACCACCCUGCAGACCAGGAACAGCUUUGAGAGUUUCAGAUGGUGCUUCAGCAUCAUGUCCUGUCCAUUCCAGAAAUUCUUCACUUGACGCUCGAGCAUCUCACUCAAGACAGGGUUCAAAUGAUUGGAGGAUAAAAGAUCAAAUGAGAAAUUCAUCUUCUGAUUUACGCCAUUCUAGAAAUUCCUCCCUUGAUCUGACGAAAACCUUCUGCAACAAGGAUACAUCCACACAUACAUCGUUCGUGGAUCCCCUUCGAGUUACUAUGGUUCGUGGUCAUCAUAACUGGAUCUGUAUAGCCUACCCUCACUUUGUCUGCUGUUACAGAAUGAAGGACUCGACUGGAUGGCAUCUCAUCUGGGUCAGCCCCCAUAUGGAGCCCCAAGUUGAAAGAAUAGCCAUCAAUGCUAAAGUGCUGAAUCCAAAUCAAGACAACACACAUAAAAUGGUCACAGCAUCAACUGCAAAUCUCAUCCAUCUAUGGUCCAUCAGUGAUGACGGGGAAAGUAGAGAAAUAGGUGUGUUUAACCUAAACGUGUCUGUUGACUCACUUUUCUUCAUUGGAAGUCAGUUGGUAGCUCUCAGUCAGACUGGAAAAGUUGGAGUUUGGCAUUCCAUGACGCAGCACUGGCAGAUUCAAGAUGUUGUCCCAAUCAGGAGCUACGACACUGCUGGCUCCUUCCUCCUCCUUGGCUGUAACAAUGGCUCGAUCUACUACAUUGACAUGCAGAAGUUCCCUUUGAGAAUGAAAGACAAUGAUCUGCUGGUAACUGAACUGUAUAAAGAUCCUAAUAAUGAUAUGGUUACUGCUCUCAGUGUCUACCUCACCCCGAAAACAAGCCUAAGUGGAAACUGGAUUGAGAUUGCAUAUGGCACCAGCUCGGGGACUGUUCGUGUCAUUGUUCAACACCCAGAAACGGUUGGUCAUGGACCACAGCUGUUCCAAACAUUUACAGUGCAUCGCAGUCCUGUUACGAAGGUCAUGCUGUCCGAGAAGCAUCUAGUAUCAGCUUGCUCUGAGUAUAAUCAUGUCCGUAGCUGGAGUGUGACACGUUUCAGGGGAAUGAUCUCAACUCAGCCUGGAUCUACGCCCCUUGCAUCCUUCAAGAUUGUCUCCCUUGAAGACCUUGACCCUCAUAUUAGCUAUUCUGCUGGAAAUGACUUUGGUCCGUUUGGAGAACGGGAUGACCAACAGGUCUUCAUACAGAAAGUAGUUCCUGAAACUGACCAGCUGUUUGUGCGACUGUCCUCAACUGGUCAGCGAGUUUGUGUGAUUAAAUCAGUGGACACCAGCACAGUAAGUGCGUUCUGUGUUCAUGAAUGUGAAGGCUCAAAUCGAAUGGGAUCUCGACCUCGACGUUAUCUUUUCACAGGGCAUUCAAAUGGAAGCAUUCAGAUGUGGGAUCUGACAACUGCUCUUGACUUGAUGAACAAAACAGAACAAAUUCCAGUUGUUGGUGGCCCCAAUCCUUGUGAGCUGGUUCGCCUUCUGGACCAGUGUGACCUCAGCUCGUCACGCUGUUCCACCCCGUGUCUCAGCCCAUCGCCAUCUCUGCUCACUGGCCCAGGCUUCCAGAUGCCAGGGACGAAGCUCGGGCCGCCAUGCCAGCACACAGCUCCAUCUCCGGCAGCCACCAAAGCCUCGUCCAGAUUGCAGGGGCUGAAGAAGGUGCAGAGGGGGGAGCCAGGAACACACUGCCCAGACCAACACCCCAAGUUACCAAAUUUUAAAUUGAUCAAGCAUUCAAGAACAAAGAAGUUGUUUUGUAUAAGUGACGACUACAUUAGGCAACGUGCAAGAUGAAGCAUUAGGAGGUCUUAACAAUGACUUGAAUGUUAAAUUUUUAAGAUUUAGGUAGUCCCUUGGUCAUUUCAUUUAGAUAUACUACUCAACUUUUAAUAGGAUUUGUGAGUAUCCAUGUGAGCUCUGUAUGCAACCAUUUGCUUGGAUAUGUUGUCAUGCUAAUAGGAUUUGUCAUACAACAGAAGAAUGUGCAGCUUUAUAGGUUGAUUAAAAAUGCAUACAAAGUUUAAAAAAUCUUUUUAUCAUCCCAGUAUCCCAAAUAUCUCUGUAUCCCUUUAAAUUGUUGAGUAGUAAUGCACAAAAUAUGUUUAUUGUUAUGUUACACAAACUAUACUCAAAGGACACAUGGAGUCUUCUUAAUGUUAAUUUCAAACUUUGUUAGAUGAGAGAUCCUAUUAGAGAGAGACUGCACCAUUUCUGGACUGUGUAUAGACGGUGAUAUUACUUUUUGUUGAUAUUUUGUUGGAAGUCCUGGUACAGAUAAAACCAGAUACACAGGGUAGUGCCCGGCCCUAGUGAGAAGAGACAUAAAGACAAUUUGACAAAACACAAGCAACAUUAUUGAAUGGUUUUCAGACCUAAACACUGGUGUUCUUACUAUACGUGCAAGUGUGAUAUUAUCUGUGUUAGGUUUAUUGUUAACAUUUAGAUUGAUGUAUAUUGUACUGUGUGAGUCUACAGACAAAGUGCUGUUCGGAGUCUGCCCACUGGCCAGAGCGUAAUGAUUUUGAACAUGUUUAAGUAUCUUAUAUUUAUGUAAGUUACUUUAUUCAUUAGGUAUGAGUUCAACCCAUUUAGCACCCUGCAAUCAGUACAGAGGAGAUAUUGCUGUGCAGCAAGCAUGUACACUGUACAAUGGAUCACUGUACAAUGUGCAAGCAUGUACACUGUACAAUGGAUCACUGUACAAUGUGCAAGCAUGUACACUG